AUGAGGGGUCAUCUACUUGCUAUGAUGCUGAUGAGCGUCGCAACUUUGACCGACUCCUUCACUAUGAUGAGCUUCAAGCAGCAUGUACACGAGGAGGUGAAGGUAGUUUCGUCGGGUUUGAGCUUCAGGCGAUUGUGUCUGCGGACCAUGAAGUCUGUUCGUUGCCCCAUGAGAGGCAUGCACAUGAGCGUGAGCAAUGACUUCAAAGGCGAGGGCGACAGAAAAUCUAACACCGACAUCAACCAAGUUGUGUCAGGAACAGACAAGAUCCCACAAGGAGUGGAGCAUAACCAGCAAGACAAGGGAAAAGCUGAGGGUCAAUCAUGGAAGCAAUGGUCGGUCUUUGACAGAAAGUACGACCGUGAGAUCAUCAGCAUGGCUAUACCCAGCUACACAGCCGUUCUGCUGGAUCCUAUCACCACCCUCAUCGACGUUUCCUUCAUCGGGCGGCUUCCGGAAGCAGCGCUCAGCCUGGCGGGUGUCGGGAUGUCAAACACGAUCCUCAACUACUUUGGGUUCACUUUCUUCUUCAUGGUCGUGACCACCACCACAACUCUCGCUCAAGUCCUGGCCAAGUCCUACAGUGCAGCUGACGCGCACGAACUCUCUAGUCAAGAGCCUCGCGCAAGCCUCGAGGAGGUUUCAGCUGAAGGCUCCAGAGUCAUCGCCGGUUCGAUCAUCUUCGCGUCCAUCCUCGGCCUCGCGUCUUCGAGCCUGGCAUGGUACUUCGCUCCCAACCUCGUCGCGCUGGUGGGAGGAAGCAACAGUGCCGAGGCGUUUCCGUAUGCAGUAGCAUACAUGAGGAGCAAGAGUUUGGGGAUCCCAGCGACUAUCAUCUUCUUCUCCAUCAUCGGAGCUUAUCGGGGAUACAAAGAUCUCACUACUCCUCUCGUCGGAAACGUCCUGAGCAGCUUGUGUAAGGUGUGCAUGGGAUACAUCUUCCUCUUCAAGAUCGGGCUGGGUGUGGCGGGCAAGCUGACGAUGGAGGGAGACAACGACGUGACGAGUCUGGGCAGCUGUAUAGCGUUGACGUUCCUCCUUGUCAAGCACGAGAGGCUGCGACUCAAAGACUUCUGCCGGCUGCCUGAGAGAAGCUUGUUCCUCGACCUCUGCGCUCCCGGAGGGGCCUUGACGUUCAGGAAGCUCGUCGAGCAAUUCUCCUUCACCGCCACCACACGGAUGGCCUCAUCCUUCGGCUCUGCCGCUGUCGCAAGCUCGGAGAUCUGUUGGUCCCUCCUUUCCGUGCUCUGGUGGCCCAUGUCGGUCGCAGGCCAGACGCUCGUGGCGACGUUGCUGGCUGAGUGGAAUGCGACCAAGAAGAUGUCGAAACUCGAUCAGGCUCGGAAGGUCUCCAUGAGGGUUAUGGGCAUCAGCACGUCGCUCGGCAUGACAGGAGCUGCUAUCGUCAUCCUAGGAAGCUCGUGGAUUCCAUCGGUGAUGACAAGCAGCGAGAUCGUUCAGUCGUUCGCGUCACAGCAGCUUCCCUUGGUGGCCUGCAUCAUGCCCCUGUCGGCCUUGUGCGACGUCGUGGAGUCGAUCUUCAUCGCCGCCAAGUUCUAUCAAAUCGUGGUGAGGGGGAUGAUGUUCGGGGCGUGUGGACUUGCACUGGUCCUGCUGGCGGGCAAGAACUUGCAGCUGGGAAUGACCACCGUGUGGCUGGGCAUAUUCACCCUCUACCUCGUUCGAACCCUCUGGUCGAUUCACAACUUUAAUCAACGAGACUCACCCAUUCCGCCUGUCCAGCCCUGGACAAGUGCCAAGUACGGGAGUUAG